AUGAGAACAACAAAGGUCUACAAACUCGUCAUCCACAAGAAGGGCUUUGGGGGCAGUGAUGAUGAGCUAGUCAUGAACCCCAAAGUGUUUCCUCACAUCAAGCUUGGAGACAUUGUGGAGAUUGCUCACCCCAAUGAUGAAUACAGCCCUCUGCUUUUGCAGGUCAAAUCACUUAAGGAAGAUUUACAGAAAGAAACUAUUAGCGUGGACCAGACCGUGACUCAAGUGUUCCGUCUAAGACCUUAUCAAGAUGUUUAUGUGAAUGUUGUAGACCCUAAGGAUGUGACCCUUGACCUAGUGGAAUUAACCUUUAAGGAUCAAUAUAUUGGCCGAGGGGAUAUGUGGCGAUUAAAGAAAAGUUUGGUCAGCACAUGUGCCUAUAUCACUCAGAAGGUGGAAUUUGCUGGCAUCAGGGCACAGGCUGGUGAGCUGUGGGUCAAGAAUGAAAAGGUCAUGUGUGGUUAUAUCAGCGAAGAUACCAGGGUGGUGUUCCGUUCUACGUCGGCUAUGGUUUACAUAUUUAUUCAGAUGAGCUGUGAAAUGUGGGAUUUCGAUAUUUAUGGGGAUCUAUAUUUUGAGAAAGCUGUGAAUGGUUUCCUUGCUGAUCUCUUUACCAAGUGGAAGGAGAAGAACUGUAGUCAUGAAGUGACAGUGGUCCUAUUUUCUAGAACUUUCUAUGAUGCAAAAUCUCUUGAUGAAUUUCCUGAAAUAAACCGAGCCUCAAUUCGACAGGAUCACAAGGGACGGUACUAUGAAGACUUUUAUAAAGUGGUGGUGCAGAAUGAGAGGAGAGAAGAGUGGACAUCACUCCUUGUGACCAUUAAAAAACUCUUUAUCCAGUAUCCAGUGUUGGUGCGACUGGAACAGGCAGAGGGCUUUCCUCAAGGAGAUAAUUCUACCUCAGCACAAGGAAACUACCUAGAGGCCAUCAAUCUGUCAUUCAAUGUGUUUGACAAGCACUACAUCAACCGCAACUUUGACCGAACUGGGCAGAUGUCUGUGGUGAUCACACCUGGGGUGGGUGUGUUUGAAGUGGACCGUCUACUCAUGAUCUUGACCAAGCAGCGAAUGAUAGAUAAUGGAAUUGGUGUGGACUUGGUGUGCAUGGGGGAGCAACCAUUACAUGCUGUCCCAUUGUUCAAGCUACAUAAUCGAAGUGCACCUCGUGAUUCUCGGCUGGGCGAUGACUAUAAUAUUCCUCACUGGAUAAACCACAGUUUCUAUACGUCUAAAAGCCAGCUCUUUUGUAACAGUUUCACCCCGCGCAUAAAACUGGCAGGAAAGAAGCCUGCCUCUGAGAAAGCAAAAAAUGGCCGUGAUACAUCUCUUGGGACUCCAAAAGAAUCUGAGAAUGCCCUUCCCAUCCAAGUAGAUUAUGAUGCCUACGACGCCCAAGUGUUCAGGCUGCCAGGCCCAUCCCGGGCUCAGCGCCUCGCUACCUGCAGAUCUGUGCGAGAGCGGGAGAGUCAUAAUCGAAAGAGCGCCAGCUCCUGUGAUGUCUCAUCCAGCCCUUCCCUGCCCAGCCGCACACUGCCCACUGAGGAAGUGCGGAGCCAGGCUUCUGAUGACAGCUCCCUGGGCAGGAGUGCCAACAUCCUGAUGAUCCCGCACCCCCACCUGCACCAGUAUGAAGUCAGCAGUUCCUUGGGCUACACCAGCACUCGAGAUGUCCUGGAGAACAUGAUGGAGCCACCACAGCGAGACUCUAGUGCGCCGGGAAGGUUCCAUGUAGGCAGCGCAGAAUCCAUGCUGCAUGUUCGACCUGGGGGAUACACGCCCCAGCGGGCACUGAUUAACCCCUUUGCCCCCUCACGAAUGCCCAUGAAGCUCACAUCCAACAGAAGGCGCUGGAUGCACACUUUUCCUGUGGGACCAUCCGGAGAGGCCAUCCAGAUCCAUCACCAGACCCGACAGAAUAUGGCGGAGCUGCAGGGCAGCGGGCAGAGGGACCCAACUCACUCCUCUGCAGAGCUGCUGGAGUUAGCGUAUCAUGAAGCUGCUGGAAGGCACAGCACUUCCCGCCAGCCUGGUGACAGCAUGUCCUUCUUGAACUUCAGUGGAACAGAAGAGCUUUCUGUCAGCCUGCUUAGCAACAGUGGUGCAGGUAUGAAUCCUAGGACCCAAAACAAGGAUUCUCUAGAGGACAGUGUUUCUACCUCUCCAGAUCCAAUUCUGACACUGUCUGCUCCCCCUGUAGUGCCAGGCUUCUGUUGCACAGUUGGAGUGGACUGGAAGUCUCUCACUACUCCGGCGUGUCUCCCCCUCACCACCGACUACUUCCCUGACCGCCAGGGCCUGCAGAAUGACUACACGGAGGGCUGUUAUGAUCUCCUCCCAGAAGCAGACAUCGACAGGAGGGAUGAGGAAGGUGUGCAGAUGACGGCCCAGCAGGUGUUUGAAGAGUUCAUCUGCCAGCGUCUCAUGCAGGGCUACCAAAUCAUAGUGCAGCCCAAGGCACAGAAACCCAACCCUGCUGUCCCACCCCCGCUGAGCAGCAGCCCACUCUAUAGCCGAGGCCUUGUGUCCCGAAACUGCCCUGAGGAGGAGGACCAGUACUGGCUGAGUAUGGGCAGAACAUUCCACAAAGUGACGCUGAAGGAUAAGAUGAUCACAGUGACACGUUACCUUCCCAAGUACCCUUAUGAAUCUGCCCAGAUCCACUACACCUACAGCCUCUGUCCCUCCCACUCGGACUCAGAGUUCGUCUCCUGUUGGGUGGAAUUCUCCCAUGAGCGGCUGGAGGAGUACAAGUGGAAUUACUUAGAUCAGUAUAUCUGUUCUGCUGGGUCUGAGGACUUCAGCUUAAUUGAGUCUCUGAAGUUCUGGAGGACCCGCUUCCUGCUGCUGCCAGCCUGUGUCACUGCCACCAAGCGCAUCACAGAGGGGGAAGCCCACUGCGACAUCUAUGGGGACAGGCCCCGGGCGGAUGAAGAAGAAUGGCAGCUCCUGGAUGGUUUUAUCCGCUUCGUGGAGGGUUUGAACCGGAUCCGCAGGCGGCAUCGCUCAGAUCGCAUGAUGCGGAAAGGGACCGCCAUGAAAGGCUUACAGAUGACCGGGCCCAUUGCCACACACUCCCUUGAGUCUACCGGCCCCCCAGUUGGCAAAAAGGGAACAUCAGCCCUGUCCGCCCUGUUGGAGAUGGAGGCCAGUCAGAAGUGCAUGGGAGAACAGCAGGCAGCUGUGCACAGUGGCAAGAGCUCCUCCCAGCCAGCGGAGAGCAGCAGCGUUGCCAUGACUCCCACCUACGUGGACAGCCCACGAAAGGACGGGGCCUUCUUUAUGGAGUUUGUCCGCAGCCCGCGCACAGCAUCGUCCACCUUCUACCCGCAGGUAUCUAUGGACCAGACAGCCACCCCAGUGUUGGACAGCACCAGUCUGGGGGUAAGCACAGGCCAGUCUGUGGACAGAGGCAGCAGCCAAGCCUUUGGGAACUCCCAGAAUUCAGGGGAACAGAGCUUCCUCUCUGCAAACUCCAGUGACAGCAGCUCUCAGCAGUUGGCAGCAAGCUCCUUAACCUCAUCCUCCACCCUGACGGAGAUCCUAGAAGCCAUGAAGCACCCCUCGACAGGAGUCCAGCUGCUCUCGGAACAGAAGGGCCUCUCGCCAUACUGCUUCAUCAGUGCAGAGGUGGUGCACUGGCUGGUGAACAAUGUGGAGGGUGUCCAGACGCAGGCAAUGGCCAUCGACAUCAUGCAGAAAAUGCUGGAAGAGCAGCUCAUCACACACGCAUCUGGUGAAGUCUGGCGGACCUUCAUCUACGGCUUCUAUUUCUACAAGAUAGUCAUGGACAAAGAACCUGACCGAGUGGCCAUGCAGCAGCCCACUACCUGGCACACGACAGCAGUGGAUGACUUCGCCAGCUUCCAGCGCAAGUGGUUUGAGGUGGCCUUUGUAGCUGAAGAACUCUUACACUCCGAGAUUCCUGCUUUCCUCUUGCCCUGGCUGCCCAGCCGGCCAGCCUCCUAUGCAAGCAGACACAGCUCUUUCAGCAGAAGCUUUGGGGGUCGGAGCCAGGCAGCUGCACUUUUAGCUGCCACUGUCCCGGAGCAGAGGACUGUGACCCUGGACGUGGAUGUGAACAACCGCACAGACCGGCUAGAGUGGUGCAGCUGUUACUAUCAUGGCAACUUCUCCCUGAAUGCGGCCUUCGAGAUCAAGCUCCACUGGAUGGCAGUGACCGCCGCCGUCCUCUUCGAGAUGGUCCAAGGCUGGCAUCGAAAAGCUACUUCCUGUGGCUUUCUGUUGGUCCCCGUUUUGGAGGGUCCCUUUGCGCUGCCCAGUUACCUGUAUGGUGAUCCACUUCGAGCUCAGCUCUUCAUCCCACUCAACAUCAGCUGCCUGCUCAAGGAGGGCAGUGAGCAUCUGUUCGAUAGCUUUGAACCGGAAACAUACUGGGAUCGAAUGCACCUUUUCCAGGAAGCCAUUGCACACAGGUUUGGGUUUGUACAAGAUAAAUAUUCUGCUUCUGCUUUUAACUUCCCUGCCGAGAACAAGCCUCAGUACAUCCAUGUUACAGGAACAGUGUUCCUGCAGCUGCCCUACUCCAGGCGAAAGUUCUCGGGGCAGCAGCGACGUCGGCGAAACUCCACCAGCUCCACUAACCAGAACAUGUUCUGUGAGGAGCGGGUUGGCUACAACUGGGCCUACAACACCAUGCUGACCAAGACGUGGCGAUCUAGUGCCACAGGGGAUGAGAAGUUUGCUGAUCGGCUGCUCAGGGAUUUCACGGACUUCUGCAUCAACCGCGACAACCGGCUGGUCACGUUCUGGACGAGCUGCCUGGAGAAGAUGCAUGCUAGCGCCCCGUGA